AUGGGUGGCAUCGCAAUCGAUAUCUCCCGAGUUAGGGGCUCAGAGCGGGGAGAGGUCAAAGGCUUUUUGGCGCACCUGGAUGAGCUCCGAGCAGGUGUGCAAGACAAUGAUGCCGCUAUUUGCCAGUCCCUGCUUGAAGCCCUUGAACAAGACCUGGUGUCGGCGCAUCUCUUCACGAUAUUCAUUUCGUGGUCGAAGUCCCCUGCUGUCAUUGCUCGAUGCAUCAAUUAUGAACCCAACUUGGAAGUACGGAACAUCGCCAUGAAAGAACUCGGUAAACAUCUGAGGCGCCCUGGGAGGUUCGAAUGGGAGAUGACGUGGAAAGCUUUGGGGGGCGCGGAAGGGCUAGUUGAGAUCUUUGGCAAGAGCUCUGUUGCCGAUUUGAAGAAGAUGUCUGGGUAUAUUGGAUGCAGAAGUUCUGGUAAAGAGGACAAGAAAAGGGAGGAAUGCGUCGAGGAGCUGCUGCGAGCCUUGCUUCCCGGCGUUUACGACUCCGCUUCUAUCAUAGGCAAAGACAGACGCCCUGUCCAACACCAUUACGCCAAAAUGCUUUGCGCCUGCUCAUCAGCCUUUAUCACACAAGUUCUUAACUCCCACGACGAAGCAAACCCUUUGUUCAGAUGGCGCGACAUCACUAGACUGGUGCGGAGCCAUAUGGCCUUGAUGAGGGAACGUGCGAUCAACCAUCUCUUUGGUAGCAGCCACUACGAUGGGGAUGUCCCGGCCUAUCUCGAUCACUUCCUGUGCAGCGAAAAGGAGUUCGCGAUAAAGGCACUCAGGGGCCGUCGCGACGGCGCCAUCGCAAAUCACAAGUGGCAUAACCAAGAGCUGAGGCUGUUGAUGCCGAUCGUGGACGGACUUGCCAAACAUCGACGUGCUUGUAUUGAGGACAAUCUUGAAAUCUACGAUCUGAUCAAGCUUGGCUGGGAAAUAGUUGGAACAGAUCGAGACAAGGCGUGGGCCGGUUCCCGAGAUCUGUGGGCUGUGACAUUUUCGCGAUGGCAGAAAUGGCCAGAUCGGUAUGAAGACCUUCUGAGGCUUGGACUGAAAUCAGGACUUGCCAAAUUACCUCACACGGAUCCCAGCAGCUAUCUCAAUGUGGUCCGUCGUUUGGACCAGGGCCCCAGGGAGAGGCUGCUCCAACUUUGCUACCUUGAUAUUCCAGAGCAAGGGUUGGACCUCUUUUCGGCCGACAACUACUCAGCAUUGUCCAUACAAACCUGGCCAAUCGACUUGAUCCGUUCCAUGACCAUCGAACAACAAGUUCGGCUGCUGAAGAAGCUAUACCAGGCGAAUCCGCAGUUCAACUUUCUUCAAGCAUCGGAUGCAAAGUCGAUUAUCCCUGACGGGAAUACUGGACCGCAGCUCAAUUUCAACGUGGAUUUAGUACAAGAAAAUGCCAGGAAGUCGAUUGACACAUUGCGAAAGAAGGCUUCUGCGGCCAGGGAGCAGUCAGACAGAGCGGCACUAGCAAAGGCAGCAGCUUCCUAUGCUAUUGCGACUGGUGAUCUCGAUGUAUACGGAGAGAUAGUUGUCUGGCAACAGCGCUUUGUCCGUGACCCACUGACAGCGAAGGUGCUGUUCGGCCAAAGUGCAGUCCUCACCAAUGAAGGCGUUGAGCUUGUGUCUGGGAUCGGCACUCCUGAUACAUUGUCCCCGGAAUCCAAGGCCAGCGUUUCAGUGCUGCUGGAGGAUGCAUCUCGCGGGAUCGAGAAGGCAGACGGAAUUCUCAGGACUUUCCAGGAGACUUACCUCCUUGCGAAGCGAGAGCCUUCGUUCCAAGAGCAUGACUGGAGACAUGUCAAAGAGCUGUUCAGUGCGGCUCUUAACUCACGAGUGUCUCGCUCAGAGACCAUACAAAGGCACUUCGCUGUGCCGAGGAGUGGACUCUUCAACGUUGUGUGGAAAGGCCUGCUGUCAUCCUUCCAGUGGGUGCACCCAGAUUUUAUCCACGCUGUCCGAACGCCAGCCGAAGGGAUGCUGGCACGGUCGCCGCCUGAGUUUCUUGCGGCAGCCACGAGAUCUUUGCUUGACAUUGGUUCUGAGAGACGCAAGAGACAGAAGAGGGAGGGGAGGGAAGAUUCGACGCCGAUUGAUGGAGUGCUUGAGUUGAUGUCCUAUGAGGCUCUAAUGAGGCUGAGGAACAGCGGCAAGCCAGCACUUGCGUCGCCGCUCAUACAGCAGACGAUCCUUGACAGGCCGGACGCCAGCUCGUGGCACAGGCUGCUCCUUUCCUCUGGCCUUUUGAAGAAGCUGCGAGCAGAAGAAGCACAUGGGUUGCUCAUGGGCCUCGCAAAAGGUAUCGGCGAGAAGCUGGAGGAGCAGUCGUAUGUCAGAGUUGGCGAGUCAGAGGCCCCGGUACAUAUGCCAUCACAGCCUGCCGUCAAGGUAACGACGGUGAAAUACCUGGCGCAGCUCCUCAACCAGGCCGAGUUCAUCUCAGAUGACGCAGCCGUCGAGGUCCUAAUUGAGCUGUUCAGGGUCGCGCAGCACCAAGAUAUCCGGUUUGCCGCACUAGACAGUCUUUUGAGCUUGCUGGACAGCCUCUGCAGGGGAACCCAGGGAGAAGGCCGAGCCAAUCCAACGGUACGCAACGUCAUGGCCGCUCUGAAGACCGUCGUUCCGGUGGCUGGGAGCAUAAAUGAGCGGCGACCCUUGCAGGAAGCAGACUGGACGGAAGCAGAGGCGACUGGUAUACUGCCAGACUUGUCCUUUUUGCAAACGGGAGAGCUGCCGCCUUUGAUGUCAGUACUGCUCAGCAUCGCCGAAGAUGACUCUCGCCCGGGACUCCAAAAACUGGAGACCGAAUUCGUCGAGCAUCUGAUUCUUCCUGUGCUCGAGCAAUCCCAGCAGGAGCACACGAGAUGGAUCAACAUGUUCCUAGCCAAGCACAACUUGAACGCCACAGCCCUGAAAGAUGAUGUACCGGAGACCCCGAUAGAACCAAAACUCUGGUUUCACGUUCUGCGCAGCCACUACCGUUCCGUCCCCAAGAAGCACCUAGCUGACUUCAACAAAUACUCUGUUCACCGCAUUGCGCCGACGCCGGCAGUCAGCAAAUUCAGCGCAUCUCUGCGAGCGGACGUGGACCUCAGAAAGAGCCCUGAGGUGCAGCACUGGCUGAAUACUUAUGACCGCGGCCCCGUCGAUGGCUGGGAAACGCAGGUGCUGUUGGAGCUGCUGGGUCCCGUGCAGGACCUGCCCAUCGAGCGUGGAGUGCUGAUUGACAUGAUCCUACAACACGCGAAACUAUAUCUUGAAGAUUACGAGAAACAUACGGCGACGUGGGAGAGCCUCGUGGGCUCUCUAGCGCCAAGGUCAGCGACCCUAAGGACCAGUGUUGAGUAUGAGAGAUGGCAUAACAAUCGCCGUUUCAUUGCAGGUAGGGUUAUAGAAUUGGUGAAGGACAAAAAGAAGUUGGGCCAACGGGUUAUGCUCCCGUCAACGACAAAGUUGGAGCUUUCGCUAGUUCACACCCCGGGCUGGUACAAAGGGGACCAGGGCUGCGAAGCGUUUGUCUCGAGGCUGGACGAACGCCUGCGGGCAAUGCUCCAAGAAGACGAGACGUGUGCCCUCCGCUGGCCAGAGAUAAUACGCUUGGCCUGUCAGGUCGUAUCCACGGUUCUCGACACUGAUGAAGAGCGACUGAGGGUCGCAUACCAUUUUGGCACGUUUGGUGGUCAAGCUGACAAGGACGAGGGCGGUGCGAGUCGGCAGCGGAGGGUGGCAGCGGAUUUGGUGAAGCUGGAAGUUGCCCUGGAGCUCAUGGAGGUGUGCCAGAACAAGAAGAAGAUUGGCGAUUCAAUGAAGCGUCGUGUGGAGGCGUGGCAUGCGCACGACUCUGAUGCUAUCAGAGAAAGGUUGCACCGGUGGAAGAAGAAUCGGUCUUCCAAGGAUACUACAUGUAAGCAAUGCCCGGAGUUUCAUUUGAGACAUGAACACUGAUCAUCUCCCUAGGGGCUUGAGAACCAAUGGACCUUUUGCUUGAUGUAUUUACGAGUAAAAUUGAGAGGGAAAAAAACAAUCUAGACUCAGCGUUGAUGUGCCAACCUUGUAAUGAUCCCUGGGAUCACAUUCCCUUUCGACAGAUGAGAAGAACAAACCUCAAGGGGCGAAGUGGGGACGAACGUUGAUGAGCAUCCCUUGAUGAGUACAGCACAGAGCCGACAGCGUGGCGGUUCGAGUACAUUCGUAGCGUAUGAGCAUAUAUCUGUGAACCUUUAUAUCUUUACUAGUUUUCUUCCGUAAAUCACAACAGGGACCCGGAGGCCGGGCAUGGUUGCAUACCUAGGUACUCAC